AUGUCGAGUCCACAUUUCAAAAAUCUGUAAUCUUAACUAAAAAUAUAUUUGUAUUCAAGGCAAUCCAUUCGUAGUGCAAGUUCUUGUAACUCGAAAAGAUCAAUUGAAAUAAAAGAAACGCGAAAGAAAGAAAACACUAGAAUGCAAGUUAAACUACAAUAGAUUACGUCUACAUUUGAUAAAUCCAAUUGCAAAACUAGUCCCAGGGUUGCAAAACCUAUGGCAAAAUAAACGAAUAAUUAAGAGAAGAGUUUAAAUGUUAAACCAAUUAAAAAUUAUAAAUUCUAAAAUUAGGGGUAUUAAAGGCAUAAGAGUUUGCAGCAACCUCAGAAAGAAGAAUCAAAAAUCUAAAACAUCAUUUCAUAAUAUCAAUCAGUAUUGGAUUAAAUACUUCCGCUAAUACGGUAAAAUAAAAUAAAUAAAUGA